GAUUCUCCGCCCUGGCAGGGUCGAGCGGUGUGAAUUUUCGAAUUUUACGUGCGUAAUCGGAAAGCUUUCGUCGAGUACGGACGUAUCGGAGCGGAGCCGUGUGCGUACGGGUUUUUCCUUUUUCCCAUUCUCUCGCUGUGCCGUGUACGUGUGUUUCGUCGUGCGCGAUUUUGCGUUUGGUCUCCAGUGCAGCUGGAAAGUGAUUAUUUGGCGUGCCGUGUGAAAUACAGUUUCUGUUGCCGGGUGGUAGCUCAAUCGCUAGCGAAUUAUACGGUAGUAUUGACGCACGGCAGAUUGAUUUUGCAAAAAAAGAGGAGUAGUAUAAAGAAGUGAGAAUCAAAAACCACCCACCGGGAAGAAGGAUAUGCAAAAAUUGAGUGCGUGAAGAGUGUCCGCUGAAAAAGGCGAGAAUUCAACCUACAGUGUGUGAUAUCGGUUUAAUUAUCAGUGGAAAGUAUUUUUCCCGUCGGCGUCCAGUGCCACGUUUACUGUGGCCGAGUGUUUUUCGUUCCGCGUGUGUAGCGUUUUGUGUGUCCCCUGAGUGCUUAUAUAUUUAUGUGUGCUUGUGUGUGCAACUCGGGGCGAAAAAGGGGUGAAAGCGGAAGGAAGGGUUGCCCACCAAAUUUGGGUGCGUGUGACAGUGUGUUCUGUUUGUUCGGUUUGUUUGUUGAGUAAAUGAAGUGUACGCCACGGGCCAAAAAAAAAGGAGCGAAAGUGUACAUCGCGCAUUCGUGAAUGUGUGGUUGUGUGUGUGCUCAUAUGUGUUUCAAGAGUGACGAAUGCAAAAUGCACCCGCAACGAGUGCGUUAGGUGCAAGAGCGGGUUGUAGUUUUAUUUUUUAAUUUAAUUUCACCCCCCUCAUUCCCUCGGUGCAAUUGGAUGCAUGCCACUGCAAAUUGGCUCGGUCGCAAUCGAAGGGAGAAGUGUGCAAUACUACUGCUAGUACUUCUACUACUACUACUACUACUGCUACUACUGUAGUGUCCGGUUGCAUAUGUUAAGCAGUGCUAAAUUGUAGCCCUUUUUUGCGGAUGGAUAGCAACAUGUGGAUGGAGAGAUGAAAGAUUAAUAACGAGCGUGAAAAAAAGAGCUUUCCGCGUGUGCAACACUAACGAGUUGUGGAAAAAAGGGCAGUUAAGCAGAUCAAUUAUCGGCGGAUGCAACGGAUUGGAGCGCUCAUGUGUAAGCGGAAUUGUUCCGUCCGAGUGGGGUGAUUGGAGGGAAAAGGUGCGAGAUUAUUGUGCAUACAUUGCAUACGCCUACGGGGCUGGUGCGCGCUCGCCGGAAGCUCAGCGUAUUUCCUCGAUGUUUGUAGAACCUGUGUGAUAAAACGGCGCGUGUGUGUGUGGCUCAGUGCUUCUGUGCUCGCUGGAUCCAUAUCAGGAGCGGAAGCCAUUUUUGCCGCCCUGUCGGUGUUUGUCCCUCAUCCACCUAACAUUUACCAUAAUAGAGGCUAAGCAGUGCUGUACAGCUUUGGACGCAGUGUGAGCAGCAGCAGCACGGGGCGGACUUUGUGGACGCAACCUAGACCCCAAAACGUUUUGCAAACUGGAACCAUAUGACGUAAGCACGAUGUACGCGUACGCGCAGGGUGGAUCGCAAGGUCCGCCACACUACGCGACACCGGGCAACGCGUACCUGGCCGGACCGCACCAUCACCAUCCGUACCCGGCCUACCAUCACGGUGGCUCGCCGACGCCGCCUUCCACCAUCACCUCGUUCAACAACGUACCUGGACCGUCGACGCUGCUCGGCCACCACUAUGCCUCGCCGCACCAUAUGCCACCGCCACCGCCCCCACCGUUGCCGAGCGCGGCGGCCAGUGCGGUGGCGGCCGCCGGUGUGGCCGCCGUCUCGCACAACCACCAGGCGGCGGCAGCGGCGGCUGCGGCGGCCGCAGCCGUAGCGGCCGGCGUUUCGCCGAUGCAAACCGACCCGCAGCUAACGGAGCUGGCGCCCUCGCUGGGCGGAAUCACCAAACGAAGAAGGUCUGAUGAGGAUACAUCCAGUGGUAACAAAUACAACAGAAUGGACGAAGACAACGUGCAGGACAAGGAGCGCUUCGCCAGUAGAGAAAACCAUUGCGAGAUCGAGCGGCGGAGGCGAAACAAAAUGACUGCCUACAUCACGGAGCUGUCGGACAUGGUGCCGACCUGCAGUGCCCUCGCGCGGAAACCGGACAAGCUGACGAUCCUGCGGAUGGCCGUCGCGCACAUGAAGGCAUUAAGAGGAACCGGCAAUACCAACACGGAUGGGUCGUACAAACCCUCCUUUCUAACCGAUCAGGAGCUGAAACACCUGAUACUGGAAGCCGCAGAUGGAUUUCUGUUUGUGGCGGGCUGUGAUACAGGACGCAUCAUUUACGUGUCCGACUCGGUGACACCGGUGCUGAACUACUCCCAGAACGAAUGGUACAGCGGGAGCCUUUUCGACCACAUCCAUCCGGACGACAUUGAGAAGGUGCGGGAGCAGCUAUCGACGCAGGAACCGGUCAACAGCGGACGGAUACUGGACCUCAAGACCGGAACAGUCAAAAAGGAGGGUCAUCAGUCAUCGAUGAGAUUAUGCAUGGGCUCGCGGCGGGGGUUUAUCUGCCGGAUGCGAAUCGGACCACUGACACCGGAAUCGAUGGCACUCGGCCAUCUCAACCGGCUGCGAAGGAAAAACUCGCUCGGACCGUCGACCGACGGUCACAGCUACGCGGUAAUGCACUGCACCGGGUACAUUAAAAACUGGCCACCGACUGAUAUGUUUCCAGGGGUGACGAUCGACCGGGGGCAGGACGACGAGCUGCACAACACGCACUGCUGUCUGGUGGCGAUCGCGCGGCUCCAGAUCACCUCCUCCACCACGGCGAACGAUCUGAGCGCGAACAAUCCGAACGAGUUCAUCUCGCGCCACGCCAUGUGCGGCAAGUUUACGUUCGUCGACCAGCGGGUAAUCGGCGUGCUCGGGUAUCAGCCGGUCGAUCUGCUCAACAAAAGCUGCUACGAUUUCUUCCACCCGGACGACAUUGCUCAUAUGAAGGAAAACUUUGACCAAGUGCUGAAGCAAAAGGGCCAAAUGUUCUCGGUCAUGUACCGGUUCCGGGCGAAGAACAAGGAGUGGGUUUGGAUGAGAACGCAGGCGUACGCCUUCCUCAACCCGUACACGGACGACAUCGAGUACGUGGUGUGUACGAACAGUUCGGCAAAGGCACUGCAUUCAUCGCACGACACGGUAACGGCACCGGAGCAAACGGACACACCGGUCGCGUCGUAUCCGGCGCCCGGGCUGGACUACACACUGCCCGGCCGAAGGGACACGACACCGUCGAGCAAUAUCUACAAUCCUCACAAUCUGAUUUCACACUUGCCAUCGCAGCCGCAGACAGCAGCGCAGGCGGCCGCCGCUAGCAGUAUUCAACGGCCGGAAAGUGCACACAACCCGGUGCAGUACAGCUACAAUCCGACCCCAUCGCCAAUACAAUACGGUUCACCGGGAACGCCUAGCGGUGGUGCGGCGGGUUCGUUGGGGCAUCUGCCCAAAACUAACAAUACCUCGCCAACGCCGGCAGCCACUGCGUGGACCCUGCGACAGCCACAACCCGUCACCGAAGGUUACCAGUACAGUGAACUAAGUCCGAACCGGUCACCGACCGGACCAACCUACACCCAGCUUAACGCAUCCCGUCAAACGUCCACCUUUACGCCGUCUUCGCAAGCCGGUCCGGGUAUCUGGAGCGGUUGGCAGUCACAUCAUCACGGCACCGGUCCGGAACCGAUGCAAACGGGCGGUUCGGGCGGUACAACCAACGGGCCCGGCUCAUCACACACCUCCGUGGGGCUGGGGCAAGAGAUGGCCACGGAUAACGCCCAACAGCAGCAACACAUGCAGCAGCAGCAGCAACAUCCAGCCCUCCACGGGACCGCUGGCGGUGGCGGUACUGGAACCGGAACUGCCGGCGGCGGUGGUGGUGGCGGAGGCGGUGGUGCACCACAUCACGUACCGCCCCAUCCGCAGCAUCCACACGCGCACCAUCCGGUGCAGCAUCCGCACCAUCCGCACCAUCACCACCAUCACCAUCCGGGGCAGAUCCACCCGGGGCAUCAUCCGGUCGUCGGGCAGCACCCUGGCCAGGGGCACGAGCUAACCGAUAUGCUGCAGAUGCUCGACCAGAGCGGGACCACCUCGUUCGAGGAUCUAAACAUACACAUGUUUAACACACCGUUCGAAUGAAACCUGCUCUACUACGGUGGCUACAAUGGGUACGAGUCGGCGGCCAGUGUUGUCGGGCAGGGAAGCUGCUACGGGAUCGGCACGAAUGGUCCGGUCGCUGCCUCCUACCCGGCCUCGUCCGGCUCCGGUAGCAGCAAUAGCAAUCAUCACCACCACCACCACCAACACAACAGCACCUCCGCUGCGUCCGUUAUGGCGGUAGCUGCAGCAGCCGCCGCAGCCGCCGCUGCCAUAUCAUCUUCAACCACCACUGCACCACCGUUACGGCCCGAACCGAUGGCCACUGAUGCUGGCGGCAUUGGUGGCGGCUUCAAUGCGCUCCACGGGUACGGCGGCAUGAUGGUGCAUGAACAUAUGUAAAUAUAAGCAGCGAAGAGGAGAACGGUUUCCUCCCUCCAACCGACCCCGUUUUGAUAUGGUUCUUUAUUCCAAAUAACCAACCACCACCCC